CACGGUCCUGCUCGCGCAGUAUUUUCUCAACACCAGUUGCAGCAGCGAAGAAGAAAUCCAGAAUGCCCCCCAAGAAAGCCGCCGCUGCAGAGAAGAAGACACUGCUUGGCAGGCCUGGUAACAACUUGAAGAUUGGUAUCGUAGGUCUGCCUAACGUAGGCAAAUCGUCGUUCUUCAAUGCCCUGUCCAAGACGGACCUUGGAAAGGCCGCGAACUUCCCUUACGCGACAAUAAAUCCCGAGGAGGCUCGUAUCCCCGUACCAGAUCCGCGCUUCGAAUGGCUCUGCGAGCUGUACAAGCCCACAUCUCGCGUGCCUGCCUUCCUCACGUGCAUCGACAUCGCUGGGUUGACGGCCGGCGCGUCGACUGGCGCAGGUCUUGGCAACGCCUUCCUUUCGCACGUGCGCGCUGUGGACGGUAUCUUCCAGGUCGUGCGCGCAUUCGACGAUGACGAGGUCACCCAUGUCGAGGGUGAUGUCGACCCGUUGCGUGACAUGGAAAUCAUUCAGACCGAGCUGCGCCUGAAAGACAUCGAGUGGGUCGAAAAACAUCUCGAUGGCCUCAAGAAGACUGGCCGCUCGCUGGGCAACAGCAGCCUUGCGGACAAAGCAAGGAAGGAAGAAAUUGCAACAGUGGAGAAGAUAUACAAGGUCUUGACGGUAGACAACAAGGACGUCCGCAAAGCCGACUGGACCAAUAAAGAGAUUGAUGUGGUCAACGGCCUUCAGCUGCUCACUGCAAAGCCUGUAACGUAUCUUGUCAACCUCAGCGAGAAGGAUUACAUUCGCAAGAAGAACAAGUGGCUACCGAAGAUCAAAGGCUGGAUCGACGAGCACAACCCGGGAGACCCGUUGAUCCCCUUCUCUGUCGCCCUUGAGGAACGUCUAACAUCGAUGACGGACGAGGAGCAGGAAGAAGAGCAGAAGAAGAUCGGUGCGCAGAGUGCACUCCCUAAGAUCACUCAGGCCGGUUAUGCUAGUCUCCAUCUUAUCCGCUACUUCACCUGUGGGCCCGUCGAGGUCCGUGCCUGGACGAUCCGGAGAGGCACGAAGGCGCCGCAGGCCGCUGGUGUUAUCCACUCCGACUUCGAGAACAAGUUUGUCUGCGGUGAAAUCAUGAGCUACGAGGAUUUGCGCGAGCACGGAAGUGAAACCGCUGUCAAGGCAGCUGGUAAGCUUAGACAACAGGGCAAGCCUUACGAGAUGGUCGACGGCGAUAUUGCUUACUGGAAGGCGGGAGCAUGAUUGUGACUUGCAGUCCAAGCGGCGAUAUGCAGAAUCAGAGAAGUCGGCAUGGAUUGUAACUCGCUAUUUCAAGAAAAUAACAUUAUUUGCGUGU